AUGAUGUACACGUUCAUGUUGACCUGGGUGACGAUUGCACCCACCUCCAAAGAUCGAGACGACCCCGGUAACUUUUCCUACUACAGCAUGAACAAUUACGACUGGGUCCGCUUCUUGCCCGCGAGUAUCGUCAAUGUGUGCCUACUCCCUUUGAUCAUCUUUACCUUUGCGCGCUCGACUGGCGGCUAUGUCAAUCCGAGUAUUACAUUCGCUGCGUACUUUCUUCGCCGGAUAACUUUAACACGGGCUGCGAUGUAUGUUGGUGGACAGGUUAUUGGAAUUGUCCUGGCAGUGUGGGCUGUGCAAGAAGCAUACGGUAGCACAGGGUUUGAUAUAGGGUGUAUCAUCAGUCGUGGAGGGGUUUCGAUACGCAACGCAUAUAUUGCUGAGGUUGUUAGCGGCUUUGCUAUGGUGGUGACUGUCAUGUACAUUGCUGCUGGUCGCAAAUCCGGAGUAUUAUUUGGAGAUGCGAUGUCGCCUUGGAUGGUGGGCAUUGCCACCGAGGCGGCGUUCUGGUUGUCGAGACUCAUAUGGCAGGGCCAUCCCGGUGCGACUGCUAACAGCCACAUAGGAUCUAAUGCUGCCCUUUUAGUUGAGUAUUUACAUGGAAUCUCGUUCUUUGAUGAGGAUGGUAGUCUCGCUGCGGCCUAUGGGGCAGAGUCGUUGAGUUGA